GGCGGCGGCGGACGAGCGCGGGACGGGAUGGACCCCGGCGGCGGCGGCCCGGGGCCCGGCGGCGGCGGCGCCGGCAAGCCGAGCCGCUCGGGUCCGGGUCGUGGCGUGCAGGCGCUGUACCCCGGCCCGGAACCGGGCGGCAAGGAGCGCGCCAGCCUCUGGCUCGGGGAGCUGCAGCGAUCGGUUCACGCCUGGGAGAUCUCGGAUCAGUUGCUGCAGAUCCGACAGGACGUGGAAUCCUGCUACUUCGCAGCCCAAACUAUGAAGAUGAAAAUCCAGACCUCAUUCUAUGAGCUCCCCACGGACUCUCAUGUCUCGCUGCGGGACUCACUGCUCUCCCACAUCCAGAACUUGAAAGACAUGUCCCCCGUCAUCGUCACCCAACUCGCGUUAGCCAUAGCAGACCUCGCCCUGCAGAUGGCCUCCUGGAAGGGCUGCGUGCACACACUGGUUGAAAAGUACAAUAACGACGUGACGUCGCUCCCCUUCUUGCUGGAGAUCCUGACGGUGCUGCCGGAGGAAGUGCACAGCCGGUCCUUGCGCAUCGGAGCCAACCGCCGCACGGAGAUCAUCGAAGACCUGGCUUUCUACUCCAGCACGGUGGUCUCGCUGCUGGUGACCUGCGUGGAGAAGGCCGGCAACGAUGAGAAGAUGCUCAUAAAGAUCUUUCGCUGCCUGGGCAGCUGGUUCAACCUGGGCGUCCUGGACAGCACCUUCAUGGCCAACAGCAAGUUACUGUCACUGCUCUUUGAGGUUCUGCAACAAGACAAAACCUCGUCCAACCUGCACGAAGCGGCUUCGGACUGCGUCUGCUCUGCCCUCUACGCCAUCGAGAACGUAGAGACCAACCUGCCCCUGGCGCUGCAGCUCUUCCAGGGCGUCCUGACGCUGGAGACGGCCUACCACAUGUCUGUGGCCCGCGAGGAUCUAGACAAGGUUCUGAAUUACUGCCGGAUCUUCACUGAACUCUGCGAGACCUUUCUGGACAAAAUCGUGUGCACCCCAGGGCACGGCUUGGGGGAUCUGCGGACGAUAGAGCUCCUCCUGAUUUGCGCGGGCCACCCGCAGUACGAGGUGGUAGAGAUCUCCUUCAACUUCUGGUAUCGCCUGGGGGAGCACCUUUACAAGACGGAGGAUGCCGUCAUCCACAGCAUCUUCAAGGCCUACAUCCAAAGGCUCCUGCACGCACUGGCACGGCACUGUCAGCUGGAUCCGGACCACGAAGGGAUCCCCGAGGAGACCGAUGACUUCGGAGAGUUCCGGAUGAGGGUGUCGGACCUCGUGAAGGACUUGAUCUUCCUGGUUGGUUCUGUGGAAUGUUUUGCUCAGCUCUACGCCACUCUGAAAGACGGCAACCCGCCCUGGGAAGUGACGGAAGCUGUCCUCUUCAUCAUGGCGUCGAUAGCCAAGAGUGUGGAUGAAAAAACCCGCUUCUCUUCCAGCCCUUGUAGGGCGGGCGGAUCGAACGGAGCCCGCUUCCUUUUGGAAGUCUCGGGGGCGAUUGGGUGGCUGACACUGCUCCCUUUCCACAGGGAGAACAACCCGACGCUCGUGGAGGUGCUGGAUGGGGUGGUGCGCCUUCCCGAGUCCGUGCACAUGGCCGUCCGCUACACGAGCAUCGAGCUGGUGGGCGAAAUGAGCGAGGUCGUGGACAGAAACCCCCAGUUCCUCGACCACGUCCUCGGCUACCUGAUGAAGGGGCUGUGCGAGAAGACGCUGGCCUCCGUGGCGGCCAAGGCCAUCCACAACAUCUGCUCGGUGUGCCGCGACCACAUGGCCCAGCACUUCAGCGGCCUGCUGGAGAUCGCCCGCUCGCUGGACUCCUUCAUGCUCUCGCCAGAGGCCGCCGUGGGGCUCCUGAAAGGGACGGCGCUGGUGCUGGCCAGGCUCCCCCUGGAAAAGAUCUCCGCGUGUCUCAGCGAACUCUGUGCCGUGCAGGUGAUGGCACUGAAGAAGCUGCUGUCUCAGGAACCCAGCAACGGCCUCUCCUCAGACCCCACCGUGCCCCUCGACCGCCUUGCCGUCAUAUUUAGGCAUACCAACCCCAUUGUGGAAAAUGGGCAGACACACCCGUGCCAAAAAGUCAUCCAGGAGAUCUGGCCCGUCUUGUCGGAGACCCUGAACAAGCACCGUGCCGAUAAUCGCAUCGUGGAGCGCUGCUGCCGGUGCCUGCGCUUUGCUGUCCGAUGCGUAGGCAAAGGGUCGGCGGCGCUGCUGCAGCCCCUGGUCACACAGAUGGUGAGCGUCUACCAGGAGCACCAGCACUCCUGCUUCCUCUACCUGGGCAGCAUCCUCGUGGACGAGUACGGGAUGGAGGAAGGCUGUCGGCAGGGGCUGCUCGACAUGCUGCAGGCCCUCUGCGUCCCCACGUUCAGGCUCGUCGAGCAGCCAAACGGCCUCCAGAACCAUCCGGACACGGUGGACGACCUCUUCCGGCUGGCCACCCGGUUCAUCCAGCGCAGCCCACUCACCCUGCUCCGCAGCCAGGUGAUCCUGCCCAUCCUGCAGUGGGCCAUCGCGGCCACCACCCUGGACCACCGCGACGCCAACUGCAGCGUCAUGAAGUUCUUGCGCGACCUCGUCCACACGGGAGUGGCCAACGACCACGAAGAGGACUUCGAGGCGAGGAAGGCGCUCAUCGGGCAGGUGAUGACCCAGCUGGGCCAGCAGCUCGUGAACCAGCUCCUGCACACCAGCUGCUUCUGCCUGCCGCCCUACACGCUGCCCGACGUGGCGGAGGUGCUGUGGGAGAUCAUGCAGGUCGACCGGCCGACCUUCUGCCGCUGGCUGGAGAACUCGCUGAAGGGCUUACCAAAGGAAACGACGGGGGGAGCAGUGCAGGUGACGCACAAGCAGCUGACGGACUUCCACAAGCAGGUGACGAGCGCUGAGGAGUGCAAACAGGUUUGCUGGGCUCUGAGGGACUUCACCAGACUUUUCCGGUAGCCUGCACCGCCUUCGCUCUGCCUGUCCCAGGAAUGUCUUAUUUUCAGAAGAGGAAAGAAAACCACCAGGACGGCGUCCCGCAACCAGCAAACUUCCUUGCGGCCGAGGGCGCUGCCUCGCUCUGGUGUGUCCCACCAACCCGGAAGAGACGCUUCGCCGCACAACCGAGUCGGUGAAGUUCCUGCUUGUGAGAGAGCGAAAACACAACACACCCCCAGGGCGCAGCGUGUCCACGGCCAUUGAUGGCUGCACCUGCCCGACGGCAUCGCGGGGGGGGGAGCCAGUUUCCAGGUGGACUUGCUUUAAAAAAGAAACAAAACUAAACAAAACAUACAAAAAAAGGAAAAAAAAUGUUUUUAAAAACGCAAAAAGAUGAACCCAUAGAAAACUAAUCUGCCUGGCAGCAAAAAAGAUGGGGAAAACAAGGUAGAAAACUUUCUGUGAAAUGAAAAUAAAAGAAUUACGUAAGGAUCUGUUGGGAUUUUAAAAAUCUAGUACAACCCAUAGUCUGCCCUGCAGGGGAGGGGGGAACCGGGGAGCACGGUCCCGUUUUCGCAGACCCCCUUUGCCGAUAGCCAGACCUCUGCCUCCCCCCACCGCAAGUCUAAUGGGAAGUUUGUUUGAUGCGAGAAGCUGCCAUGGAGCACGGGAGGGGCUGACGCCCCCCCCCCCCCCCCCCCGCAGGAGAGAGGGCCGGGAACACUCGGCUUCUCUGGUCCCCUCGGCGCGUUGCUUGCUUUGAUAAACUGUUAUAAUAUAUAUUAUAUAUAUUUUCUUUUUUUAAGUUGAUUUGGAUUUUUUGAAAAUUUGGUUUAAAUUUGUUUGGGAUUUUUUACGGUGGGGGGAGGAGGGGCUCUGGAGAACACGUGGCGGGCGGGCGGGCGGGCGGGCAGAGGACACCGAGCCAAUCCGGCAGUGACUCGGGCGGGGGAAAGAGUCGCGGACCCUGCGCAAACGUUAGGACCGGAGGGGAUGCUGUUCCGUCUGGUGUUGUAGCCAUCUCGAGAACAAGACAAUAAACACAAAGAAAUAAAAACAGACAAAAAAAGAUCACA